GCCGGACCCGGCGCCGCGGGGAGAGAGGGGGCAGCGCCCGGCCCUGUGGGGAGAGGCAGGAUCCUGACCCCGCAGCCUGAGAACGGCCGCCCCCAGCUCCAUGAAUGGAAAUCGGCAGCGCAGGACCCAUCGGGGCACAGCCCCUUCUUAUGGUGCCCAGACGUCCCGGCUAUGGCACCAUGGGCAAACCUAUUAAAUUGCUGGCCAACUGCUUCCAAGUUGAAAUCCCAAAGAUUGAUGUCUACCUCUAUGAGGUGGAUAUUAAACCAGAUAAGUGUCCUCGCAGGGUGAACAGGGAGGUGGUGGAUUCCAUGGUGCAGCAUUUUAAAGUGACAAUAUUUGGGGACCGUAGACCAGUUUAUGAUGGGAAGAGAAGCCUUUAUACUGCCAAUCCACUCCCUGUAGCAACCACUGGGGUAGAUUUGGAUGUAACAUUACCAGGAGAAGGUGGAAAAGAUCGUCCCUUCAAGGUGUCAAUAAAGUUUGUUUCUCGGGUGAGCUGGCACUUGCUGCAUGAAGUUUUGACAGGAAGAACCUUGCCUGAGCCUCUGGAACUAGACAAACCAAUCAGCACUAACCCUGUUCAUGCUGUCGAUGUGGUGCUACGACACCUACCCUCCAUGAAGUAUACCCCUGUGGGCCGCUCCUUUUUCUCAGCUCCAGAGGGCUAUGAUCACCCUUUGGGAGGGGGCAGGGAAGUAUGGUUUGGAUUCCAUCAGUCUGUUCGGCCUGCCAUGUGGAAAAUGAUGCUUAAUAUUGAUGUUUCUGCCACUGCCUUCUACAAAGCACAACCUGUAAUUCAGUUCAUGUGUGAAGUUCUCGACAUUCAUAACAUUGAUGAACAACCGAGACCUCUGACUGAUUCUCAUCGGGUAAAAUUCACCAAAGAGAUAAAGGAAUGCAGCAUGUCUAACUGUACAGUGAGCAGCUGUCACUCUACUUCACCAACACAUCUCAGUCAUUGUAAUAGAAAUAGCCACUGUAAGAAAACACUGCAAGGUCUGAAGGUUGAAGUGACUCACUGUGGAACAAUGAGACGGAAAUACCGUGUUUGUAAUGUAACAAGGAGACCUGCCAGUCAUCAAACCUUCCCUUUACAGUUAGAAAAUGGCCAGACAGUUGAGAGAACAGUAGCACAGUACUUCAGAGAGAAGUAUAACCUCCAGCUGAAAUAUCCUCAUCUUCCUUGUCUACAAGUGGGACAGGAGCAGAAACAUACCUACCUGCCUCUAGAAGUAUGUAACAUUGUGGCAGGCCAGCGAUGUAUCAAGAAGCUAACAGACAAUCAGACAUCAACUAUGAUAAAAGCAACAGCAAGAUCUGCCCCAGAUAGACAAGAGGAAAUUAGCAGAUUGGUAAGAAGUGCAAAUUAUGAUGCAGAUCCAUUUGUUCAAGAGUUUCAGUUUAAAGUUCGAGAUGAGAUGGCCCAUGUGACAGGGCGCGUGCUUCCAGCUCCAAUGUUGCAGUAUGGAGGACGGAAUCGAACAGUGGCAACCCCAAGCCAUGGCGUAUGGGAUAUGCGAGGGAAACAGUUUCACACUGGUGUUGAGAUCAAAAUGUGGGCCAUAGCUUGCUUUGCAACGCAGAGACAAUGCAGAGAAGAAAUACUGAAGGGUUUCACAGACCAGCUACGCAAGAUUUCUAAGGAUGCAGGAAUGCCAAUCCAAGGCCAGCCAUGUUUUUGCAAAUAUGCACAGGGUGCGGACAGCGUGGAGCCAAUGUUCCGACACCUUAAAAAUACCUAUUCAGGACUCCAGCUCAUCAUUGUCAUCCUGCCAGGGAAAACACCUGUGUAUGCGGAGGUGAAACGUGUGGGAGAUACGCUGUUGGGGAUGGCCACGCAGUGCGUUCAAGUCAAGAAUGUCAUAAAAACAUCUCCUCAGACUCUCUCAAACCUGUGCCUAAAGAUUAAUGUUAAAUUAGGAGGAAUCAACAACAUUCUUGUACCUCAUCAACGACCUUCUGUGUUCCAACAACCAGUGAUCUUCUUGGGAGCAGAUGUCACUCACCCACCUGCUGGGGAUGGAAAGAAGCCAUCCAUUGCUGCUGUUGUAGGUAGUAUGGAUGCUCAUCCAAGCAGGUAUUGUGCCACAGUGAGAGUUCAAAGGCCUCGGCAGGAGAUUAUCCAAGAUUUGGCCUCUAUGGUAAGAGAACUUCUCAUCCAGUUCUACAAGUCAACGCGAUUCAAGCCCACACGUAUCAUCUUCUACAGGGAUGGGGUUUCUGAAGGACAGUUUCGACAGGUGUUGUAUUAUGAGCUGCUGGCAAUUAGAGAGGCCUGCAUCAGUCUGGAGAAAGAUUACCAGCCAGGAAUAACCUACAUCGUAGUACAGAAACGACACCACACACGAUUGUUCUGUGCGGACAGAACUGAAAGGGUUGGAAGAAGUGGCAACAUUCCAGCUGGAACAACUGUAGAUACAGAUAUUACACACCCAUACGAGUUUGAUUUUUACCUCUGUAGCCAUGCUGGAAUACAGGGUACCAGCCGUCCCUCACACUAUCAUGUUUUGUGGGAUGAUAACUGUUUUACUGCAGAUGAACUUCAGCUGCUGACUUACCAGCUCUGCCACACAUAUGUGCGUUGCACACGAUCUGUUUCUAUACCUGCACCAGCGUAUUAUGCUCACCUGGUAGCAUUCAGAGCACGAUACCAUCUUGUGGACAAAGAACAUGACAGUGCUGAAGGAAGCCAUGUUUCAGGACAAAGCAAUGGGAGAGACCCACAGGCCCUUGCUAAGGCUGUACAGAUUCACCAAGACACCUUACGCACCAUGUACUUCGCUUAAAUAAAUCAAUAAAAUCGGAGCAUACUCACUGAAAGGAAGAACUGAAAAAUUAAGCCACAUACAAUGUAUGUUUCCGGUAGGGUCAGUUUAUGAGGUGCUCCUCCGAUCACGCUGAAGCCGACACUGUGCAGGGGCAAGGGGCUAAUCCUUAAAUUGACACAUGAAGGAUUGUUUACUUCGUUGAGGAACACAGCACUAUUAUGCAAUAUGAAACCAGCCAACUGCUUUUUUGGGGCGAUCUUCUGUAGGAAGUGCCGUCGUCAUCAGUUACUUUUUUUUGUUUCUUGUAGCCUAACCCUUUUAUGCCUUUACCUCAAGUUGCUCGGCAGCACAACUAUCUUUGCAAAAAAAAGUUAAUGAUGUAGUUUAAAAAAAAACACAACCUAUGGAACAAUCACAAUGAUUGUUGAGGGGGGAAGUGUGCAAAAAAAUAGCCUUUUUCUCUUUACCCCAAUGCAUUGAGGAGGCUUUCUCUCAAUAUUGCCAUCAGCAUUUGAAUGGGAACAUAUCCAAGUACAUUUCAGUGUACAGAACUAAUUAGAAAAAAUUAGGGGAAGGGUUUUGCACACAUUAGUCCAUUAAUCUAAACAUAAUUUAGCCAACUGCUGCCUUUGUGUCUUUCUUCACGGUUUGGAGUCCUCAACUCCAGUAGUUCCCUUUGAGAAAGCUGGUAGUGCAGCAGUAGUGAUCCACACUCCUCUUGCUCUCUGGUGAGUUUACUAAAGCUGCUGUUUUACCUUAUCCAGAAGUUUCAACUAAUUCUCUAUCUGGCAAGUCGUAAAUAUAUUUUGAGCUUCGUGCAAGAUCAGAUGUUCCUGGUUAUACGUAGUAAACACCAGAAACGAAACUUUAGAGUUGAGGUCUUUAUUUGCUAGUUUACUUGCUGCCUCUCACACCUUAAUGUGAUUUCAUAUAUAUAUGUGUGUUUUUGAAGUUUAGCUUCUUUUUCUUAUAUUUAUUAGAAUAAUAAUGCUUUAAUUUAAUUAUUACAGAACAUAUGGGCAACAUCAAUUUGUAUUUUUAGAAAUGUAACCAUGUUUAUUUUAAAAAACAAACAAACUGACAACUUGUUUUUGCUAUCUUUUAGUGCAAUAAGCCGUUCUAAAGGAAAAAUGUGUCCGUAUUAAAGCGGUGUUUGUACCACUAAGUGUGGGAGAAUGGACACCUCCACAAUUUUCAAAGGACAAAGUAAAAGCCUUAAUUUCAAAAGGAAAGUUUUAUAGUCAUCAGGAGUCAACCAUGGUCCUUUUCUAAAUCAAACCAGCUAAGAACAGCAAAACCUAUGCUUCUAGGAUUCUGCAAGCUUUAAUAUUGGCAAUCAAUGCAGUAUUUUGAUUUAACAAAGGAAUUGUGUACAUUUUGGGGUUAAGAGACUGAAGACUUUUCAUUGAAGAUCCAAGUUUUCAGAUGCUGUCCCUAACGUAGCUGACAUUAAUCAUAAAAAUGUCUUAAGAAGUUAAUGAAGUUCUUAAGCAUUUUUGCUUAUUUCAUUAUAAGUGGCUUUCCUUUUAAAAUUAAGGUGUCGGUGGCUUCAUUUCACUUUACAGAUAAAUUAAGAGGGCUGGGAUAAUUUUAACAAGUUAAAUCACUGAAAUGUGAAACAAAACAUUAAUGGGACUUUUUUUCAUUCCACUUUAAAGUUAAAACAAGUAUUUUAAAGAUGAUAGAGAUGAGCAUUUAUUCAGUACAUCCGGGCAUCGGGGAGUUUUGCACUUUGUAACCUCGUGAACUGCAUUUUUGACUGUUUUAUUUGCACUGGUUCAUAGUAUAUAUGCAUAUAUAUAUACUGCAGAUUGUUUAUAUGGGCAUUGCUGUUAUCCCAGCCCUUCUGAACUCCACCUGCUCUUCACACGAAAACCAAUGGGUUGGUUUAAGUAUCUCAUUUGUCUCUUGUCAUUCUCAUGUAAUCCACUAUAUUUGCCAAUUUACUGUAUUUUGAGCCUAAAAUCUGAGCCCAUUUUGCUUCAACAGGCUUGCAUUUCCCCCCAUUUCUGCCAGAAAACUAAGUACUGUAUUUUGUGCAUUUGUACAUUGUAUUGAAAUGUAUGUAGUGCUGUUCACAACACUGUCUCAAAGCGCUUUACUAAAUAGUUGGUGUAUCUACAUAUGUAUUUUUCUCCCAGUAUCAAGAAACAUAAUGCAAAGAAACUAAUUUUUUGCAGAGUUAAAAUUGCACUGGAAAUAGUCAUGCAGGUAAGGCAGUGUACCUAGUGGCUCAGGAGAAAAGGGGACGAUUAUAACAGAUCUCUAUGUAGCCAACCAGCUCUUAGGAGUCUCCCUCAUUGUUAGUGGGAUUCUAUUCAUUCAUCAGUGGGACUACAGAUUCCUCACUGAAGUGUCCCAGUGUUCUCUGGCUGCUUCAUGCACUGAUCUUUCAGCUCCUUUGAAUAAACCUGCUGCAGGGAGGUCAAUAUAAUGAAACGAUUGGAGCAAGAUGGUUUCCAAACAAAUCUCUCCAUCUUUUAUUCUGUAACUUGUCAGUUUCCUCUUAGAAGAGCUCUAGCUAGUAGACCCUUUAUAAAAGGCCCAGGUUAGGCUUUUUACAUUAGAUUGAUUUUUUUAAAAUUGAAGGGGCUUUUUUAGAAAAACCUGCUUUACAAGGACUUUUUGUGAACUGGCAUUUUGAUGAAAAGCCCCUUUUUAAAAAAGAAAUAUUGCCUUUAACUCUUCUUUUUAAGACACUAUACAGUUUCCAGUCUGAUUUGAAAGUUUUACUUUCUUUGCUUGCUACUUCCACCAAAAACUUAAAAUAUAAGAAAAUCCAUUGGGGAAAUGGCUUCAAAAAUGUUUGCUCAGCAGGCCAGUGUAACUGGUUUUCAUGUGAAGAGAAGUUGGGAGUUUUAAUCUCUAUAUUCUUAGUUUUGCAAAUGUCUACAGAAGUGCCGAUACGUAUAUUUGUAUUACAAUAUCAAGUUACUGGCGUUGUGAGGGCCACACGUUUAUGAUACUGUAGCUGCUAUAUUUAUUUAAAUGGAGACGGACAAUUACUGCACUAGGAAAUGAGGAGAUGAGCAGGAACCAAGGCUUAGAGUUAGAUGCGGUAUCUCAUUUUUCAGAAGAAAAUUAACAGUGUGAAA